CUUUUUGUUCAACUGGCUAUAUACGAUUUGGCUAACUUUGCUAGUUGUAGCUACCGUUAUGCUAUUUAUAUUCGUUUAUUAGAUUUAAUCUUAAAUACGACGUAACUAAAAGUGAAUUUGUUUAAAAACAUCUUGUGUCUAUCUUAAUAAUGAUUUAAAAUUUAAAAAAUGAAUAUUUUUAUCAAAUAGAAGCGUGCAAAGUUUUAUAUUAUAUUAUAAAAAAAAGGAAGCCAAUAACGAAAAAUUCUAAAAGAGGAAAAUAAUUUUUUCAAAUAAUUAUUUGUAAUUUCUUGUGAACAUUUCGAGACGAUUCGAAGAGGAGGAUAUAAGAGGCCGACGACCGUUUCUGCAUUGCGUCAUUAAGUUUUAAUCGUUCAAAGAAACGGUCUCAUCUUCUGUGUAAUCGUGUCGUGAAAAAUUUUGUGCUUAAUUAUUUUAUAAAUUAAUAGCAUUAGCAUUAAUAAACUUUAUUAUUUUUACAUUAAUUAAAAUGCGCGAAUGCAUAUCUAUUCAUGUCGGACAAGCUGGAGUCCAAAUUGGAAAUGCUUGUUGGGAACUCUAUUGUUUGGAACAUGGAAUACAACCGGAUGGACAAAUGCCAUCUGAUAAGACAUUUGGCGGUGAUGAUAGUUUUAGUACUUUUUUCAACGAAACCAGUUCUGGCAAACAUGUACCCAGAGCAGUAUUUGUCGAUUUGGAACCUACAGUAGUUGACGAAGUUCGAACUGGAAUAUAUAAGCAUCUUUUCCAUCCAGAACAAUUGAUCACUGGUAAAGAAGAUGCAGCAAAUAAUUAUGCUCGUGGUCACUAUACAAUCGGCAAAGAAAUUGUCGACUUGGUCAUUGAUCGAGUACGCAAACUAGCGGAUCAAUGUACCGGAUUACAGGGAUUUCUCAUUUUUCACUCAUUCGGUGGUGGUACUGGAUCGGGAUUCGCUUCUUUAUUAAUGGAACGUCUUUCUGUUGAAUAUGGAAAAAAAUCUAAAUUAGAAUUUGCGAUAUAUCCGGCUCCACGAGUCUCUACAGCUGUUGUCGAACCAUACAAUUCCAUUCUUACUACUCAUACGACUCUCGAGCAUUCAGAUUGCGCUUUUAUGGUCGAUAAUGAAGCAAUCUACGAUAUUUGCCGACGCAAUCUGGACAUCGAAAGACCAACUUAUACUAAUCUUAAUAGAUUGAUCGGACAGAUUGUUUCUUCAAUAACAGCGUCGUUGCGAUUUGAUGGUGCUUUAAAUGUAGAUUUAACCGAGUUUCAAACAAAUUUAGUUCCUUACCCAAGAAUUCAUUUUCCUUUGGUUACUUAUGCUCCUGUAAUAUCCGCUGAAAAAGCAUAUCACGAGCAACUUUCGGUCGCAGAAAUCACUAACGCAUGUUUCGAACCAGCAAAUCAAAUGGUUAAGUGUGAUCCAAGACACGGAAAAUAUAUGGCUUGUUGUAUGCUUUAUAGAGGAGAUGUCGUCCCAAAGGACGUGAAUGCAGCGAUCGCUACUAUUAAAACAAAACGAACAAUACAAUUUGUUGACUGGUGCCCAACUGGAUUCAAAGUUGGUAUUAACUAUCAACCACCAACAGUUGUACCGGGUGGAGAUUUAGCUAAAGUACAACGAGCUGUUUGCAUGUUGUCUAAUACAACAGCUAUUGCUGAAGCUUGGGCUCGACUUGAUCAUAAAUUUGAUCUUAUGUAUGCUAAAAGAGCUUUUGUUCAUUGGUACGUUGGCGAAGGUAUGGAAGAAGGUGAAUUUUCUGAAGCUCGUGAAGAUCUUGCAGCUCUUGAAAAGGACUAUGAAGAGGUUGGCUUAGAUUCAACUGAUGUAGAAGAGACAGAUGCUAUUGAUGAAUACUAAAUUGAAUAAUCUACUCAUUUUCCAUAUAUUAUUUAAUUUAAUUAAUUCUCUACCAUUUUUCUCUAAUAUCCAAUUUAGAGUUUUGCUUAGAAUCUUUUCUUCUUCUCUUCUAUUUUAUCUCACAAGUGAUAAAUAUACUUUUAUUACAAUACUUAUUAUUGAAUUAAACUUAAUAUUAAAACAUAUCAAAAUGUAUGGAUAUAAUGAUGAUAUGUUAUAAGUAUGAUGUUAAAAAAGAUUGUAUAAUAAACAGAAUUUGAAUUAAGAAGAAAUUAUGAGAAAGGAUAUGGAUAUAGCAGGAAUAGAAAAAUCAAAUAUCCAUACAAUCAAAAUAUUGUAUAAUAAGACAAGGAAAUUUUUUUCACAUCUUUUCUCGUCAAUUAGAGACGUAUUUCUUUUGUCUUGUUUUAUUGCAUUACACAAACGGGGCUGGGGAGGCAAAAUUAAAUAGCGGAUUAAAUAGUUCAGCGCGACGCUUUAACAAA